GGGUAUCAUGGCGACCAUGGCUGCUUCUGCAGCACUGAGGCGGCUGGAUCUGCGGGACUCCGCGGCGCUUUUCGAGACGCAUGGGGCUGAGGAAAUCCGCGGGCUAGAGCGCCAGGUUCGGGCCGAGAUCGAGCACAAGAAGGAGGAGCUGCGGCAGAUGGUGGGCGAGCGGUACCGCGACCUGAUUGAGGCGGCAGACACCAUCGGCCAGAUGCGCCGCUGCGCCGAGGGGCUGGUGGACGCGGUGCGGGCCACCGACCAGUACUGCGCCCGCCUGCGCCAGGCCGGCUCGGCCGCGGCCCGGACCCCGCGGGCCCAGCAGCCGCAGCCACCGUCCCAGGAGAAGUUCUACAGCAUGGCUGCCCAGAUCAAGCUGCUAUUAGAAAUUCCUGAGAACAUCUGGAGCUCCAUGGAAGCCUCUCAGUAUCUCCACGCCACGCAGCUCUACCUGCUCUGCUGUCACCUGCACAGCCUGCUCCAGCUGGAUUCUUCCAGUUCCCAGUACAGCCCACUCCUCUCCCGAUUUCCUAUACUCAUUCGGCAGGUGGCAGCAGCCAGCCAGUUCCGGUCAACCAUUCUGCACGAAAGCAAGAUGCUGCUCAAGUGCCAAACUGUGUCUGACCAAGCUGUGGCAGAGGCCCUCUGCUCCAUAAUGCUCUUAGAGGAGAGUUCCCCCCGCCAGGCCCUCACAGACUUCCUGAUGGCCAGAAAAGCAACUAUUCAGACACUUCUGAACCAGCCGAACCAUGGCUCUGGCAUCAAGGCCCAGUUUUGCUCAUUAGUGGAACUGCUGACCACCACCUUGAACCAAGCACAUGCCCUUUUCUACACUCUCCCAGAAGGGCCGCUGCCAGAUCCAUCUCUGCCUUGCGGCCUGCUCUUCUCUACACUGGAGACCAUCACAGGCCAGCAUCCUCCUGGGAAGAGCUUCAGUGUCCUGCAAGGGGAGAUGAAGCUGGGAAGCUGGUUCAGACACCUGCCGUCAUCUGUCAUCGAGUUCCAGCCAGGACUCCGCACACUGGCACAUCCCAUCAGCCAGGAGUACCUGCGGGACACGCUGCAGCGAUGGAUUACCAUGUGUAACGAAGAUAUUAAGAAUGGGGUCACCAGCCUGCUCCUCUACGUGAAGAGCAUGAAAGGGCUCGCGGGGAUCCGGGAUGCCGUGUGGGAGCUACUUACCCACGAGUCCGCGGGGCCUGGCUGGGAGGUGGUGUGCCGGCGCCUUCUGGAGAGGCCGCUCCUGCUCUGGGAGGACACGAUGCAGCAUCUGUUCCUGGACCGCUUACAGACUCUGACAAAGGAAGGCUUCGAGUCCAUCUCCGGCAGCUGCAAAGAGCUCCUGGUCUCGGCGCUGCAGGACCUCGAGAGCAGCAGCAGCAGCAGCAAUUCCACAUCAAACAAGCACAUUCUCUUCGAGCAGAACCUGCCGCUCUUCCUCUGGCACGAGAGUCCCGCUGACCUGCCUUCCGAUGCCGCCUGGGUCAGCGUGGCCAACCGACCGCGGGUAGCCAGCAGUGGCCUCUCCAUGAAAGCGCAGGCUGUUAGUCCGUGCGUGCAGAACUUCUGUGCUGCCCUGGAUUCCAAGCUGAAGGCCAAACUGGAUGACCUCCUGGCCUACCUUCCCUCUGAUGACACGACCCUGCCCAAGGAUGCUACCCCCAUGCGGCAGGCCAAGAACUCUGCUUUCGACCGAUACGCAGACGCUGACACUGUGCAGGACAUGCUGCGGACUCACUCUGUGGCGUGCGUCAAACACAUUAUAGGCUGCAUCCAGGCAGAGAUGCAGAGCAUCGAAGGCACUGUGCAAGGCCAGGAGGACAUGCUGCAUAGCCCCAAGCUGCACAUGGUCCUUUUCAUGGCCAGACUCUGCCAGUCCCUGGGAGAACUGUGCCCCCACCUGAAGCAGUGCAUUGUGGGAAGGUCUGGGAGCCCCGAGAAACCGGCCAGGGAGGCAAGAGCUCCAAAAAAGCAGGGGAUGGGCAAAGCGCAGGAUCUCCUUCCUGCGCAGGCCCAGUGGCAGGAAGUUAAGGAAUUGCUUCUGCAGCAGAGUGUGAUGGGCUGCCGGGUCUGGAGCUCAGCAGUGGUGAAAGUUCUGAGUCACGGGCUCACCCAGUCCCUGCUUGUGGAUGACGCCGGCUCAGUCCUAGCUGCAGCCACGAGCUGGGAGGAAGUAGACAUUCAGGAGGAGACGGAGUCUGGCAGCAGCAUCACAUCCAGGAUCCGACUGCCUUCUCAGGUGAGCGCAGCCUGCUGCCACAGGGACCUGAGCCACAGGACAGAGAGACCUCCCCUGGGGAGCAAAGCCAUCUUCCAGGAUCAUUUGCCCUGCACCCUCAAGGGGCUUCUAGAAGUACAAAGUAUUGUAAAAUUGUUUUUUCUGGAACAUCAUCAUGCUAACCCUUCUCUAAGAAUAGAGAAAGUGACUGACCGCCUGGAAGCCCUCGUCGACCCCUUUGACCUCGAUGUGUUCACGCCGUACCUCAACAGCAACCUCAGUCUCCUGGUGCAGCGCACCUCUGUUCUGUUCGGGCUGGUUACUGGGACAGAGAACCAGUUCACACCCCGGAGCAGCACAUUCAACUCCCAGGAAGCCCACAACAUACUGCCGCUGGCGUCGAGUCAGAUCAGGUUUGGGCUGCUUCCACUGAGCAUGACGGGCACGCGGAAGGCAAAGUCAACCAGCAGAGGCGUUGAAACCAAAGCGCAGGUUGCUCCCCCAGCACUCUCCAGGGCAGGGGACUGCACGCAGCCCGGCUCCCUCUUCAGACAGCUCGCCAGUGAGGAAGACGAAACAUCGGCACCUUCGCUCUUCAGGCUCAGCUGGCUCUCAAGUAUGACAAAAUAACACAGGAGCGCGCCCAUCUCCCUAAAUAAAUGCCACUGCGUUGUUUCUCUGGAAGGUGUCUCUGCUCAGUUAUUUCUAAGCGAUCUCAUUCCACAGUCAGUGAUGGAAUGUGGUCCCCUCUGUCCUGUUAAGGGUGACUUUCCACAAAGCUAAUCCUCACCCAGUAGUUCCGUUGUUUGGUACUG